GAAACAAGCCCCAAAAUCGAAGCUAUCGCAGCAAUACCUAGGUACGGUAGAAAAAAACAAGCUCGAAAGUGGCUGCUUCAUCUAUUUCGUGGCAUGCGCAUAUCAGAGACAGUACUCGGGAAAGGCUUUAUACUUGGAGAGUACUGACUGGUUGGAAAAAGUCAUGUGUAGAUCCUCGAGAUGGGGGCGUCGUGCCGUCUUCCUCAUCACCUCGAGAUAUUCCCUAGAUGGUCCUGAUUCCCAAUUCCAAAUAAAUCACUCACAUCUGGCCGAGCCUUUCAUGAUCUCGAGUGUUUGCCUCUCUUUCUGUGACGAACCUCUCCUACCACAACUCCGAUCAGAGAACGGCAAUGAGGUGAUUCUCACCGCCGAUUGGCCGUGGCGAAAAAUCACAAUGAAGUCUAUGAUGACAAUGUCUAUGUGUAUUUUUCUCGACUAG